UCUAAAACUCCUCAUAAGUUUGAUUUUAGAACUUAAAUAAAAGAUAAAAUGAGAAAUAAAUCUUUUGAAUGACAUGAAUAAUGUGUGGACAAAACUUCUUUUCAAGUAAAUCCAUCAUUCCUUUUAGCCUAAUGUUCAUCAAAUAUGGUCAAGGAAGUUUCAACCCAAUCAAUGGUAUGAUUUUCUAAUUCCCACAAUUUGAGGACAAAUGUUGUCAAAUCCCCUUCAAACUAAGGUCAAACAGGAAAUUACCAUCCAACCCAAAACCAAACAGAUAAUGAUUAGUUACAACAGAAAAACAAAUAUAUUUAGCAAAAACAAGUACAUAAUUUUGUACAAUGUCGUGAAAAUAGAAGAGGAAACAAGAAGUUACCAUUGGUUCUUAAGAUCUGAGCUGUGAGUUUUAGAGAAAAAAAUGGUGGUUAGGCAUGCAAGCAUGUCUGUCUUCUCCUGUUUUUAGGAACCUUUGACCUUCCAAUGAAAAACCACAACCAUCCAUAAUCCCACCAACAACAAUAAUUAACAAAAAGAUCUAAAAAAAAAAAAAAAAAAACUAACAAACAAACACCAAUCAUCAAUUCCCUUCUCUAUUUUCUCUCGAUUCUUAAACCAUCUCUCAACAAAUCUAUCAAACCUUGCAUGUAACCCACUUUCUUCCAUUUCAGUUCAAAAACAAAAAACCCCCACAAAACCAAAACCGAAUCCAACUUAUUCUUUGUUUUUUUUUUAUGUUCUAAUUGUGGAAAUUUGAUUAAGCUUAAGGCUCUUUUUGUCCUUUGUUCUUUUUCUAUGAACUUUGUUUUUUCAGGUCAGUCAAGAUUGCUGGUUUGUUCUCUCUCGUUUAUUCUAUCAAAAGAUUCAUCAAAAAGCUGAAGAUGGUACGAGAAAUGGAACAAGAUGAAGAGAAUUACAGGUCCAAAUUGUUCCAUUUCAAAGCAAUGCAGGAGAAUAAUAAUGCAACCAAACACUCCAAAAGCUUGAGCAUGGAGAGUGCAAGUGUCCUGUUUUCUUCAGAUAAUAAUGAUUUGUUUUCCAACAGAAGUCAGGGAUCGACUCCGAUAAGUGAUAACAUUGCAGAAAAACCUCCUAUGAGUCGACAAGACAAAGGGCCUAAAGCUAAGCUUUCCAGAGAUGAUGCUGCAAUCAAACAGCCUAAAGAUCAGCCACCAACAGAAAUAGAACAGAUGAAGGAGCGGUUUGCUAAGUUGCUUUUGGGUGAAGAUAUGUCUGGUGGAGGAAAGGGUGUUUCAUCAGCUUUAGCUUUGUCGAAUGCAAUUACAAAUCUUGCAGCUUCUGUGUUUGGGGAACAAUGGCGUCUUGAGCCGAUGUCAGUAGAGCGAAAAGCAAGGUGGAGAAAAGAGAUUGAUUUGCUAUUAUCAGUAACUGAUUACAUAGUUGAAUUUGUUCCUUCCCAACAGAAAUCUAAGGAUGGAACAAACAUGGAGAUAAUGGUUACCCGUCAACGCAACGAUCUUCACAUGAACAUCCCAGCACUGCGGAAGCUUGAUGCCAUGCUUAUUGAUUGUUUGGAUAAUUUUAAGGACCAAUCCGAGUUCUACUAUGUAUCCAGAGAUUCUAAUGAAUCAAAUAAAGACAACGCUUCCAAACGAAAAGAUGACAAAUGGUGGCUACCUACUCCUAAAGUUCCUACAAAUGGUUUAUCUGAAAACUCAAGGAAAUUUAUGCAGUAUCAAAAGGAUUGUGUAAACCAAGUCCUUAAAGCAGCCAUGGCUAUAAAUGCACAAGUUCUAUCAGAAAUGGAGAUCCCAGAAAACUACAUUGAAUCAUUGCCUAAGAAUGGAAGGGAAAGCCUUGGAGACUCUAUCUACAGAAACAUAACGGUUGAAUUCUUUGACCCGGAUCAGUUUCUGUCUACCAUGGAUUUAUCUUCAGAGCACAAAAUCCUAGAUCUAAAGGAUAGAAUUGAGGCUUCCAUUGUGAUAUGGAAGAGGAAAAUGAACCAGAAAGAUGGAAAAUCUGCUUGGGGCUCAGCUGUAAGCUUGGAGAAGCGAGAGCUUUUCGAGGAGAGAGCGGAAACAAUUUUACUCAUCCUCAAACAUCGUUUCCCAGGCACUCCUCAAUCAGCAUUAGACAUUAGCAAAAUCCAAUACAAUCGGGAUGUUGGACAAGCUGUUCUAGAGAGUUACUCCAGAAUCCUUGAAAGCUUGGCCUUCACAGUGAUGUCAAGGAUUGAGGAUGUACUCUAUGCAGAUUACGUUGCUCAAAAUCCAUCACAAGCAUCAGGUAAGAAGAACCCUUCACGGGAAAACCCAGUAUCGUCGGGGACGGAUAAGUUUCCACCCGGAGAAGAAACACAAAAUGCUGCAGAGACACCUACUUCAAUGACACUAUUGGAUUUCAUGAAUUGGGGUCCAGAUAUUGCUGAUAAUGAGGUAAAGAAGGAGUCACCACCAGCGAAUUCCGAUAACUUAUCAACAGAAGGUGAAGUGAAGCAUGUGCACAAGCUUCAAAACAUAGUGACCAAUAACAAAUUGGUCUCCUACCUUGAGAACAUAGGUGGCUUGAAAAGCCCCACGGCACGACAUUGACUCGAGAAGAGAGGGCAUAACAGAAGAACACAGUUAAAAGCUCAACCUCCUUUUGACCGAGUUUUUCUUUAGAACUGUAAUUACCAAGUCCAUUCAAUUCAUUCGUGUUGUAAAUAUGAAGGAUGAGCACAAUUCAUUUGGUUUUGGAGUAUUUUUAAUAUGGUUCUUCUGCAACAGGGGUAUCUAUAAGUCAAUUUUGUUAGAAAGAGAGAAGUCUUUUUAACCCAUAUCUUUAUCAGUCUUUUAAAGAAACUGGCAAGACCACUUUGUAAAAGUACAUUCAUCACAUAAUAACAAUUGCUCAAAUAACACUCCUAUACGGUAUAUUUGAAACAUACUGGGAAGGAGAGUUAAGAGAGAAGAUUUACAUACAACAAAAACCCCAGAAAACGAGAAGAUUCAAAAGCGGAUUAGAUCUUGCCACGUGGCCCAAGUUUCGGUGGAAGUUGAGGUCCUUUCUUAAUGGGAAGAACAUCAUCUGGGGCAGUAGCACUGUAAUAAGCUAAAGUAGCACCGCCACCUAGUAGCAAGAACUUGAGCAACAAUCCUCUCUUGGUGAAUGGAGCAGCAAAGGUCUCAAAGAAUUUGCUCUACAAAAUGUACCGAAAUAAGUCAGUCGCAAUAUAAACCUUUACUUCAACCCCUGCCAAAUCACUUGUGCCUUACUCAAAAGUACUUCCCCCCUCAAAAUCAUUAUAUAUAAUUGAACUGAAUUGUGUUAAAAAUGCUAAUACAAGAUAUUCUUUAUGAAGAGCUUAUAAAGAACUUUUCACAUGUCAGGAAAGCACUAAAAAAGUGAUUAUAAUGAAAGUAUUUUUACUUAAACUACUAAGUAGGUGUUUGCUAUUAUAACUCAAUCCAUGUUUCCGACUCCAAUUUUAAUAAUAAUGAAUUUUUUAGACGAUUAUAACUUGCAUUUAACUACAAUGUUUCUAUUUCAUGUUGAUAUUUCGUGCGGUGUUCACUAUUUUUUACUCAUCCUUUGUUUCUCUCUUACUUACUAUGUUUACUAUUUUCUACAGCACUUAACACUAACUAUUAAAAUCGACCUACUAUAAUAAGCAACUCAGUUUUCAAAACGCUCUUUGAUUUAAAAUCACUUCCAUACACAAUGAAAAUGAUUAGAGUUCAUUAAAGCAAUACAAUGAGUUAGAAACCUGAAGAGAAUUGUAUGGUGAAGGAGCAUCAGAUCCAUACAAAUCCCACUGUCCAGUAGUGUUGCCCAAGUCCUCCAAAUCAAAGUAAACACUUUUGUCACCAUACUUAGCAACAACAGCACCAGCCCUGAAACAGAGAGUAACAGAAACAAGAAAAAUAAAAAACCCUCCACAAUUUUAUAAAUAAAAAAAAAAUAAAAAAACAGAAA